AUGCAACAGACGGCCCGGGAUGAAGGCGGGCACCCCUGGCCGGAGCCGCUCGGCAGCGUCAGCCUCCCCUUCCGCUGCCCGCGCUGCGGCGACCACACCAGGUUCCGGAGCCUCUCCUCGCUGCGGGUGCACCUGGAGUACAGCCACAGCUUCCCGGACAGCAGCCUCCUGGCCAGGAGCAGCCUGUUCUCGCCGCUGAAGGACGCGGAGCCGGUGUCUCCGCCGGAGCCCGCGGUGCAGGGCAGCCCGGGCUGCGCCGCGGGGCCCCGCCUCAACUUGGGCGCGUCCUGCGGGAGCGGGAAGGGCGAGCGGCCGCGGGAGCUGGCGGCGGAACGGCCCGGCUCCUACCUGGCCAACUAUGUGUCGGCUGAGUCUCCCACCGAGCUUUCCAAAGCCGGCCUCCCGGCCGCUGAUUCCAAAGCCUCCUUCGAGGCGCACGUCAGAGAAAAGUUUAACAGGAUGGUAGAGGCCGUGGACAAAACGAUCGAGAAGCGGAUCGACAAGCUUACCAAAGAGCUGUCCCAGAAGACGGCGGAGCUGCUGGAGGUGCGGGCAGCGUUCGUGCAGCUGUCCCAGAAGAAGCAGGAGGUGCAGCGGCGGGAGCGGGCCCUGAGCAGGCAGGUGGACGUGGCGGUGGAGAUGAUCGCAGCCUUGAAGCAGCGGCUCAGCGAGUCCGAGGAGGAGCUUCACCGGAAAGAGGAAGAAGUUGUUACUUUCAACCACUUCCUGGAAGAAGCAGCAGAAAAAGAAGUGCGGGGGAAAGCCAGGCUCCAGCACUUCAUUGAGAACCUGUUGCAGCGCGUGGAUGUGGCAGAGAGGCAGCUAGAAUUUUACCAAAACCAGCAGAUGGUGUGCAACCACACCGACGUCAACGAGCACUUGGUAAGGCAGCAGAGUCCUUCCCUUUACUGUCACCCUCCCCCUGGAGGAAAAUGUAAUAGUAAUAACCUGGUUUUGUUUUCAUUGCAGUUUACAGACACUUCAUUAAAUAAGAAACCCAGAUGCCUGAGCCGAGGAAGUCAACCCUCUUCAUAUAACAUCCCUGAUGCAAAGCCUCAUUCCUUUCAAAAAGGAAGGAUCUUGUUGAAAAAAGCAAAGGAUGAAAAAGCCAGUUUGCAGCCAGUGAAAUGCUUCUAUGAAUCUGUCGAUUGCCCAAGAGAAAUAUGGAGAGCACAGAAGAAGGGUGAACCAGCCUGCUCUGCCAGGAAAGUGAGUGCAAAAUCAAAGACGGGUAAAAAGGCCAGACCGCUAUAG